AUGCCAAAGAACCAGAAACUGCUUUAUGUAUCAAAAGCAAAUGUUGUAUAUGGUCCACAAAGUGGAAAACCUGUGGGCAAAGGCAUCAACCACAGCACAGGUGAACAAAUGUUCACCUGUGGUCAGCAGAAGAGCAUAGAAUGUGCACUACCCAUGGCACCUGCCUUCAGUCCAGCCUAUUUUUCUCAGAGAAAACUGAGCAAAUUUCGUGCUGAAGAGGGUCAGCCAUCUUCUGGAAACAGUAUUACGCUUGGUGGUGAAAGCAAGACAGACAAGACUGCCAAUUUGAAGGAAAAAAAAGAAGCUAUCCCUGCAAUUUAUGGGACUAGAGUGCCACUAAGCACCUUCUCUCACCAGAAGAUAAGCUUGCCACAGGAGGUGAGAUCAAGUGCAGAUAUCCUUUAUGUGAAGAAUGCGCUGCAGCCAGAUACUCGGCGGAUAACGGAUCGGAGGCCACUCCUGAAAUUCAUCUCUUUGGAAGAGAUGAUUUUUCCAAGCUACAUACCAAUAGUAUUUUUGUUAAAAAUGUUUUGCAUCUUUCAGCUCAAUUCAAACAGCAGCAAACAAGGGCAAUUCCAUUCCCGGAACAAUGUACCUAAACAAGGCAAUAAUUCUGUCAGCAGAGACUUCAGUAAACCUUGUGCAGAAAUGCCAUCUACCUCCAGUGAUGUUCCUAGAAACGUAAUCCAUACUAAUCCACUGGUACAAUCUUUUUUGAAGAGACAUCACCCUGUUUCUUAUCCAGGAACUAAGAAGACCGCAUCAGAGAAAAAGUGCAGAGAUGGCGAUGGGGACUUUCCCAAAAGGACAAAGGAAGCUACUACUACUGAUUCUUCUCCUGCUAGAAAUAGUAGUGGGGAUGACGUGCAUUUGGCAAACAAAUGGAAAGUGAAAAAAAGAAAUGAUAAUGUAGAAAGAAAGCUUUUAGCAGAAGAAAAGGCAGCAGCUGAGACUAAGGGAAGAAAUAAAGCUCUGCUGGAAAAGUUAAAAAAUGUAAAUCUUAACUUAAAACCGGACCCUUUUGAGCACCAGGAAGAUGAUGUUCCCUCUUCUUCUGCUGAGAAUGACACGUUUCCAUAUCCUGAUUUUCUUCCUUCACCCUACAAUAAUUUGAAUUUAAAAAAAUUGUCCUUGUCCAAGUCAGAUGAUUGGAAAUCAUCUAUAAAGCCACCACUUAAUGCCUCGCUCAAUAAACUAGUUUCACGUCUUGUGCAGAUGGAAAGGUUACAGCACGCAACUAUCUUAAGAGAAAGGGCAAGCGAAGCUACUUGUCCUGCUGUGGCUGCUAACAAUCGUACUAUUUUGACAAAAGAAGUACCCCAAUCAAAACAGCCAAGGCCACUUGAUUGUUGUCAAGUAAAGCGUGAUGGAGAUACUCACAAUUCUAGCUGUGGUGGGCAACAAACAGACGUGCCAAAAUGCCAACAGAGCCAUAACCACAAAAAUCCUGCACCCUCUAUGCAUUCAUCCUCAACGAUGACCCGAGCAUCUUGCAGCAAUGUUAAGUCCAACAAAACUCCAGCAGUUUUAAGCUCCACAAACGUAGCUGCACGACCAUCUCUCUCAUGCUCUGGAAGCUCAUCCAAAAUCUGCCCAGAUGUGACACUGAAUUCUACAAAUGUAGACUCAUCAAGCACAACCGCAGCUUGUUCCUUACCUGACAGUGAAAGUUCAAAGAAUAAACAAACAAAGACAAAAAAGAAAGACCUUAAAAAAAGGGGGUCUUUAACAAGUAGACCCUCCCAAUCUCAGAAAUUAAAAUCUGUCUCUCUCAAUUCAAAGCAGAAGUCCUCCAGUGUUGAUCCUCAGUGA